AUGGCACCCGGCCUGACAGAAGAGACCCCCCUUCCCAUCAACGGAUCAAAGGGCAAGGUCGAGAACGGCAAGCACAUGAUGGCUGAGGGGAUCCAGGACGGACCGGCACCCUCCAAGAAGGGCAAGUACAAUGCCAUUCCCGGCCCCCUGGGUCUGGCGUCUGCCUCUCUCGAGGGCAAGGUUGCGCUGGUGACCGGUGCUGGGCGUGGCAUUGGCCGUGAGAUGGCCCUCGAGCUGGGGCGUCGCGGCGCAAAGGUCAUCGUCAACUACGCCAACAGCAGCGAGUCGGCCGAGGAGGUCGUGGCCGCCAUCAAGGAGGCCGGCUCCGACGCUGUCUCCAUCAAGGCCAACGUCUCGGAUGUCGACCAGAUCGUCAGCAUGUUCGCCGAGGCCAAGCAGGUCUGGGGCAAGCUGAACAUCGUCUGCUCCAACAGCGGCGUCGUCUCCUUCGGCCACGUCAAGGACGUCACCCCUGAGGAGUUCGACCGUGUCUUCAACAUCAACACCCGUGGCCAGUUCUUCGUCGCCCGCGAGGCCUACAACAACCUUGAGGAGGGCGGCCGCCUCAUCAUGAUGGGCUCCAUCACCGGCCAGGCCAAGGGUGUCCCCAAGCACGCCGUAUACUCCGGCUCCAAGGGCACCAUCGAGACCUUUGUGCGCUGCAUGGCUAUUGACUUUGGCGACAAGAAGAUCACCGUCAACGCCAUCGCUCCCGGUGGCAUCAAGACCGACAUGUACCACGCCGUCUGCAGAGAGUACAUCCCUGGCGGCAAGACCCUCGACGAUGAUGGAGUCGAUGAGUUCGCUGCUGGCUGGUCGCCGCUCCACCGUGUUGGUCUUCCCAUCGACAUUGCCCGUGUUGUCUGCUUCCUUGCCUCCCAGGAUGGCGAGUGGAUCAACGGCAAGGUUCUCGGCAUUGACGGUGCCGCGUGCAUGUAG